ACGUGGGAUGGCGAGAUGCGAAAGUUUCCAGCUACGAACGAGAAACGCCGGACUGGAGGGCAAACUCCAAGGGGACAGAAAAGGGAACGGAGCCUGAGCCCGAGAGCUCCCAUCCCCCACACUGAGCGCUUCAGCCCCUGGGGCACCUCAAGGGACUACUUGCUUGUGCGUCAGCGAGUGCCAAAGCGUCACACACACGCCCCCCUCCGCCUAGCCCCACUCCGCCCCUCCCCUUCUUUUUCCUCCUUCACCUCGUUCCCCUCCCCUUCCCUUCUCCUCCCCUCCUCUCCUCUCCCCUCCCCUCGCGUCGCGAGUUCUAACCGGGCAGCGAGACCUAGCCGACUCAGGGUGCCAGAGUACUGGAGAGCUAAAAAUAUAACCGGUUCCUCACACGUGAGCUCCUCCCAAGGCGCUCGCAGGGCUCGGCGCCUCUGGGUAGGCCCAGCCUUCACUGCGUUGCGUUUCUAUUCAGGCCACGCCCCCUACCCGAAGGCUUUAAGUACGCCGUGUGCACGUCAUUUUCAAGCGACCUCAUCUUUGUCAGUGCACAAAAUGGCGCCUUACAGCCUGUUGGUGACCCGGCUGCAGAAAGCCCUGGGUGUGCGGCAGUACCAUGUAGCCUCAGUCCUGUGCCAACGGGCCGAGGUGGCCAUGAGCCACUUUGAGCCCAGUGAGUACAUCCGCUAUGACCUGCUCGAGAAGAACAUUAACGUCAUCCGCAAACGGUUGAACCGGCCUCUGACCCUCUCAGAGAAGAUCGUGUAUGGACACCUGGAUGACCCGGCUCACCAGGAGAUCGAGCGAGGCAAGAGCUACCUGCGGCUGCGGCCUGACCGCGUGGCCAUGCAGGACGCCACGGCCCAGAUGGCCAUGCUGCAGUUCAUCAGCAGCGGGCUGCCCAAGGUGGCUGUGCCGUCCACCAUCCACUGUGACCAUCUGAUCGAGGCCCAGCUCGGGGGUGAGAAAGACCUGCGUCGGGCCAAGGACAUAAACCAGGAAGUGUAUAAUUUCCUGGCAACUGCAGGUGCCAAGUACGGCGUGGGCUUCUGGAGGCCUGGCUCUGGAAUCAUUCACCAGAUCAUUCUGGAAAACUAUGCAUACCCUGGGGUACUUCUGAUUGGCACUGAUUCCCACACCCCCAAUGGUGGUGGCCUGGGGGGCAUCUGCAUUGGAGUUGGGGGCGCUGAUGCGGUGGACGUCAUGGCUGGGAUCCCCUGGGAGCUGAAGUGCCCCAAGGUGAUCGGUGUGAAGCUGACGGGCUCGCUGUCCGGUUGGACGUCGCCCAAAGACGUGAUCCUCAAGGUGGCGGGCAUCCUCACAGUAAAAGGCGGCACGGGCGCGAUCGUGGAGUACCACGGCCCCGGCGUAGACUCCAUCUCCUGCACUGGCAUGGCGACAAUCUGCAACAUGGGUGCAGAAAUUGGGGCCACCACUUCGGUGUUUCCUUACAACCACAGGAUGAAGAAGUACCUGAGCAAGACAGGCCGGGCAGACAUUGCCACCCUUGCUGAUGAAUUCAAGGAUCACUUGGUACCUGACCCUGGCUGCCAUUAUGACCAACUGAUUGAAAUUAACCUCAGCGAGCUGAAGCCGCACAUCAAUGGGCCCUUCACCCCCGACCUGGCUCACCCCGUGGCAGAAGUGGGCAGUGUGGCAGAGAAGGAGGGGUGGCCCCUGGACAUCCGAGUAGGUCUGAUCGGCAGCUGUACCAACUCCAGCUACGAGGACAUGGGGCGCUCAGCUGCUGUGGCCAAGCAGGCGCUGGCUCAUGGACUCAAGUGCAAGUCCCAGUUCACCAUCACGCCAGGCUCUGAGCAGAUCCGCGCCACCAUUGAGCGGGACGGCUACGCACAGAUCCUGAGGGACGUGGGUGGCGUCGUCCUGGCCAAUGCCUGUGGCCCCUGCAUUGGCCAGUGGGACAGAAAGGACAUCAAGAAGGGGGAGAAGAACACCAUCGUCACCUCCUACAACAGGAACUUCACAGGCCGCAACGAUGCGAACCCCGAGACCCACGCCUUCGUCACAUCCCCUGAGAUUGUCACAGCUCUGGCCAUUGCUGGCACCCUCAAGUUCAACCCAGAUACUGACUUCUUGACGGGCAAGGAUGGCAAGAAGUUCAAGCUGGAGGCUCCAGACGCAGAUGAGCUUCCCCGAGCGGAGUUCGAUCCCGGACAGGACACCUACCAGCACCCCCCUAAGGACAGCAGCGGGCAGCGGGUGGACGUGAGUCCCACCAGCCAGCGUCUGCAGCUCCUGGAGCCUUUUGACAAGUGGGACGGCAAAGACCUGGAGGACCUGCAAAUCCUCAUCAAGGUCAAAGGGAAGUGUACCACUGACCACAUCUCGGCUGCCGGCCCCUGGCUCAAGUUCCGUGGGCACCUGGACAACAUCUCCAAUAAUCUGCUCAUCGGUGCCAUCAACAUCGAAAAUGGCAAGGCCAACUCCGUGCGCAAUGCCGUCACCCAGGAGUUUGGUCCCGUCCCUGACACCGCCCGCUACUACAAGGCACAUGGCAUCCGGUGGGCGGUGAUCGGAGAUGAGAACUACGGCGAGGGCUCGAGCCGGGAGCACGCGGCACUGGAGCCUCGCCACCUCGGGGGCCGGGCCAUCAUCACCAAGAGCUUCGCCAGGAUCCACGAAACCAACCUGAAGAAGCAGGGUCUCCUGCCCCUCACCUUCGCUGACCCAGCCGACUACAACAAGAUUCACCCAGUGGACAAGCUGACCAUCCAGGGCCUGAAGGACUUUGCCCCUGGCAAGCCCCUGAAGUGCAUCAUCAAGCACCCCAACGGGACCCAGGAGACCAUUCUCCUGAACCACACCUUCAACGAGACCCAGAUCGAGUGGUUCCGCGCUGGCAGCGCUCUGAACAGAAUGAAGGAGCUGCAGCAGAAGUAAGGCCCUGCUCUGCCGCCAGUGCCCGCCCGUCCUGUUCCUUGGACCCAGCUCCGGUGCCACGAGUGCAGUUCUGCGUCACCAGAGCUGGAUCUGAUCUGAUCCGGCCAUGGCUUCGCUCACCACCGAGAUGGUGUGACCAGGCCUCCUGCCCUCUCUUCCCUCCGCCCGUGGAGUGACCCACAGGUGGCGGUGGGGAGGUUCUUAAAAUAACGUAUCAAGUCCCCACCUUCCUGUAUCUAGUUUGAUUCAGAUCUUGAGCACUUUGUGCAACUGUAUUUAUUUUUAAUGACAGACUCCCAUCUAAAGUUUUUCUCCUGCAUGAUCAUUUCACUGGUGGCUGAAGGGUUUGAAAGAUCCUUUUGCUCUUCUAAGGAAAAUAAGAAUCCAGAUUCAGUGAGUGUUC